GAUAAGGCCACGAUUCGCUCUCAAUAUCAUUUCGAAAGAUACGAGCCUCACCCCGACAUGGAGGAGACCCGACCUGCUCCAGAGCUUCUGCUGGCACAACUGGUACUGAGUGCUGUCCUGUUGUUCCUUGUGGGUCAUGCCACAUAUGAAGGAGAAUAUCCUAUCCCCGAAUUCAAGUAUGAGGUUCAUUGGGGUCGUCCCGUUUUCCUAGAAGAAGGACAGAGGAGGGGCGUCGAGAUUCGCGAAUUCCGAGCUGCGUACACCGUGCUCUUGCUGAUGGCAGUCAGUUCAGCUUACUUCUUCACUAACCUCCUGCUGUACGCCACGCUGAAGCUGAUGAGGGAUCCUAUGCCUCUGUACAAGAAGACCACACUGAUCCUGACUCAGGAUGUGAUCUUCUGCUUCCUAAUGUUCGUCUGUAGCAUCGGCGCCGUGUCCUAUCCUGGGGAAAGGGCAGUCAAGAACAGGGAGACUGAAAUCCUCAUCGCCUCAGGUAUUUCAAUUUUCUGUUGCGUGUCUUCCGGUGUGGGAGUUUACUAUUCUUACAAACUUUACAAAGGCCUCUGAAGAACAGCAGUUGGGAAUCUGACUGAAAUGACUACAAAACAACUUCCUGUCCACUACUCGUCGGACAGGAAACUGGUUUCGUUUAUGAACAUGGAUAAAAGGAAACAGGAUCACCGUUGCUCCUAAAAGGGUCUACAAUAUUCUUCGAAUUUCGAACAAAUCUUCCACUUUAUGAAUAUAUAAAUUUUUACAACAGUGCAAUCAUGUCUCUAACAUAAAGGAACCAACGUUUUAUUGUGGUUGUGCUCUAAAAUUUCAUUGGCCUACCUAAUGAAUGGUGUGGAAUAUUGUACCAUGAACCUCGCAAUUAUGGAGUUAUUGAAUUAGACAAAAUAGCGGAAGCAGUAGUACUGUUUCUUUUUAAAACAAUUUCAUGGAAUGUUCCGAAAUGUUCUAAAAACAUCUAUCUAGACUAUCACAAAUUCUCAACACAGAAUGACUAUAUACCAAGAUAGAUUCGAAGUUUUGAUUAGGCACUAAGUACAAUAACAUUGUUGAGAUAGCAUCGAAAGUUAUUGUAACAAAAUUUCUUUUAAUCAUAUUUUACCUGGUACACUUCCUAUCAAGAUUGGAAACACAAUUCUGUACCGGGAUUUAUCUGCAUCUCUGUUUCAUAAACUUUUUUAGAUUCCUGCCGAGUUUUCGCACAAUCGUAAUAUUUUUCGGCUCAAUUAUUUUUUUUCGAUUUUGUCCUUGAAGAAACUUUCGAUGUCAUAAUAAGUUUUCGACUGCUGAUUUCAUUAGAAUAUUACAGUCUCAACAGUCGUUAUUAUUAUUACAUUCUUUAUUACACAUCAUUAAAACAUCAUUUGUAAUUCUAGUAUUUUUUAAAUAUUUCAAAGAAUAAAAAUUGUAAAAAGAA